AUGGGCAACAUCUUCUCGAUCUCUAUAUCAUGUGAUGGCAUUCUUUCUGGCUGCUGGGAUUGCACUGCUGGGCAAGCAGCAUACCCAUGUAUGCUGAAAUCCAACCUUCAUGAUCUGCAAACUGCUUUAGAAGAAUUAGCAGAUCAAAAGAAUGAUGUGCAGAGAAGGGUUGAGAAUGCUGAGCAGCAACAGCAUUUGAAACGUUUAGACCAAGUACAGAGAUGGAUAUCAAGGGUGGAAGCCAUGGAAGCUAAAGUCAGUAGCUUGGUUAGAGAUAAAGAUAAUAGCACUCAAAAAGUUGAGAAAUUGUGUAAAUUUGGAGGUGGGUUAUUCAGCAACUGCAAAACCCAGUACAAGUUUGGGAAAAAAUUGACUAAAUUGUUGGUGGAAGUGAAUGCUUUGCAGAGGAGGGGAGUUUUUGAAGUUGUGGCUGAAAGGGUACCUGCAGCUAUAGUGUAUGAAAGAAGCACUGAACCAACUGUGGGCAUGGACUCAACAUUUGGCAAGGUUUGGGGUUACCUUGAAGAAGAGCAAGUGGGAAUUAUUGGCUUGUAUGGCAUGGGAGGUGUAGGUAAGACUACCCUUUUGACCAAGAUCAACAAUAACUUCCUCCAUACCCCCAAUGAUUUUGAUCUUGUGAUUUGGAUAGUGGUCUCUAAGGACCUAAAGCUUGAAAAUAUUCAAGAUAGCAUUGGGGAAAAGACAGGGUGUUGUGGUGACACAUGGAAGGAUAAAGAUUACAUUAGAAAAGCUGAAUACAUUUUCAGGGUCUUAAAAUCAAAGAAAUUUGCAUUGCUAUUGGAUGAUAUAUGGGAGAGGGUUGAUUUAGCCAAAAUUGGGGUUCCUAUUCCUGACAGACAGAAUAAGUCCAAGCUAGUAUUCACAACUCGCUCUGAGGAGGUGUGUAGCCGUAUGGGCGCUCACAAAAAGAUUAAGGUAGAGUGUUUGGCAUGGGACAGAGCAUGGACUUUGUUUCAAGAGAAGGUGGGUGAAGAAACACUUUAUAUUCAUCCAGAUAUCCCUAAACUAGCAGAAAUCGUCGCCAAAGAGUGUGACGGUUUGCCAUUAGCUCUAAUUACAGUUGGUCGGGCCAUGGCUUGCAAGAAGACACCCCAAGAAUGGAAUCAUGCAAUUCAAGUUCUAAAAAGAUCUGCCUCUGAAUUUUCAGGUAUGGGAGAUGAGGUAUUCCCUCUUUUGAAAUUUAGUUAUGAUAAUUUACCUAGCGAGAAAGUUAGAUCUUGCUUCUUAUAUUGUGCAUUAUUUCCAGAAGAUUUUCUCAUUCACAAACGAAGAUUAAUAUAUUGUUGGGUUGGUGAGGGAAUUUUGGAUGAGUAUGAUGACAUAACUGGAGCUCAAAACCAAGGGUAUGAUAUUAUAGGUACUCUGGUUAAUGCAUGUUUAUUGGAAGGUAGAGAAGAUUAUGUGAGAAUGCACGAUGUGAUUCGUGACAUGGCAAUGUGGUUGGCUUGUGAAUGUGGGAAGGCCAAGGGGAAUUUCCUUGUGCAUACAGGUGCUCAUUUGAUUGAAGCUCCCGAUUUCGAAAAAUGGAAAGGUGUGAAAAGGAUGUCACUAAUGGCUAAUCAGAUUGAGAAUCUAGUAGAAAGAUCCAUAUGCCCUAGUUUGUCUACCCUGUUUCUCACUAAUAAUCGUUUGAAAAUGAUUAGUGAAGGCUUCUUUCAGCAUAUGCCCAGUUUAAGAGUCUUGGACCUGUCAGAAAACAAGGGUAUAACUCAUUUGCCAAUGGGAAUAUCAAAAUUGAAGUCGCUACAAUAUCUCAAUCUAUCGCAAACGGGCAUAAGAGACUUGCCAAUUGAGUUGAAGGCCUUAGACAAGCUCAAAUAUUUGAACCUGGAGUUUACCAGUAAAUUGAAUAUGGUUCCAAGGAAUGUAAUUUCAAGUUUUCUGGUGCUGAGGGUGUUGAGAAUGUAUGAUUGUGGUUCAUCGGACGAUAUUCUAUUUGGUGGAGAAGAAUCUUUAGUAGAGGAAUUGGUGUGUUUGAAACACUUGGAUGUGUUGACUAUCACCAUAAGGUGUGUCUCUGCUUUCAAAAGAUUCUUCACCUCCCUCAACUUACUGACCUGCACUCAAGUUCUAUGCCUUGAGUCCUUCACCUGUGUGAGCUCCCUUGAUAUAUCGCCGUUGACAAACAUGAAAUGUCUGGAUAUCCUUAAUAUUUGUGAUUGCGAAAGCAUGGAAGAUUUGAAGCUUGAUUUGGUUCAGGAUGGAGCGGCUGCACAAGCACCUAACGGUCCUUGCAACUCAAUCACAAUGAUCAAAAGUUGCUUCCACAGCCUUCAGCGGGUAAGUGUGUAUGAGUGCCCCAAACUAAAGGACUUAACAUGGCUUAUUUUUGCUCCAAAUCUUGUAACUAUAGACAUGCAUGACUGCCCUGAAAUGGAACAAAUAAUCAACUGUGGGCAAUUGAGCAAAGUUGAGGAGGUGGUAGAAGAUUUGAGUUCAUUUGCAAAACUUAACAACCUGAUAUUGAUCAAUCUGCCACAGUUGAAGAGCAUGUAUGCAAAUGCAUUGCCGUCUCCAUAUCUGAAGACAAUUGUUGUAUUUAACUGUCCACAACUGAGGCAGCUCCCACUGGAUUCCAGUGCAAGCAAACGUAAUAUCGUCAUCGAAGGAGAGGAAGACUGGUGGAAUGAGUUAGAAUGGGAGAAGGAGGCUACUCGAAAUGAUUUUCUUUCCUCAUUCAGAAAUUUAAAGCUUUAA